AUGAUUGAUGCCAAUAUGGAUAGCUCUGCUACUAUUGCUACUGAAUCUUCUGCUUCUGUACCUUCUGCUGCGGUACCUUCUGGUACCAACUCUGUCACAUCGAAAGACUUGGUCGACGCCCCUAUCGAGUUGUAUAAGCAACUAUCAAUCGCCGAAUUGAGGGAAAUCAAGUACAAAGCUGCCAGAGUUUUGAGAAAGAAAACUAAAGGUGCCUUGAAAGAAAAAUAUCAAGAAAUGCAAAAGGCAACCGAAGAUUUUGAGGAAAUGAUGGAAUCCGUUGAUGCUGCUGAUUUGAGUGUUGACGAUGACUUGGCUCCAGGGAGAUCUCAAAAGGGCGUUGGUCGCCAUGGAAAAGGCCGUUACUUCAAAGAUAUGCAUCACCAGCAUAGAGACUUUGAGGCACAUAUGGGUACUUUUGGUGCCGAAGAAUUUAUGCCACCACCACCACCACAUCCUCAUCCUGUUCCACCACAUCAUCCAUUUGCCCGUCAUGGUGGAUGGCACCAUUUUGGCGGGCAUGCCAAGCCUCCACCAUUUGGUGAAGAAUUCUUUGCCGGUGACAAAUCCCGUGGUUUUGGCGGUGGUCAUCAUCACCCUAGAGGAGGGUUUCCUAUGGAAUUUCCUAUGGAACAGCCAGCCUUUGAAGAUAACAGAGAGGUUCCUUGCUUCGGACAUCACCACCAUCGUCCUCACCACCACAAACCCCGUGGUCCUUUUGACUUUGGCAGGUUUAAGGGACGCGGUGGUCACGGUCAUCACCACGGUUUUGCAGGUCACGGAUUCUAUACUCCUCCAUUUGAUCCUUUUAAUUCUGGUUCUGAAUCGCCUUCUGAAGACGCUCCCAAAAAAGAGAGACACGGACCAUGCCCUCCAAAUCCGCUUGACUGA